AUGAGCACCACUCAGCAAUUGGAAAACUUGCUAUCUGUAAACGAGGCUAUUGUUGUGCAGCUCCAGGCCAACAAUGACAGUCUUAGAGGUCAUAUUGACGCUCUGCGCGCUGCAGCUGGCCGACCACCGCUACGCACAAUCCGCUUCAUGGAGUUGCCCACCGAGCUACGGACACGCAUCUACGACCUCAACAUGGGCUCGGGUAAGGUGUUCUUUCCUCCAACGCUAGAGGAGGACACGAGAUACCAAGAUCGCGAUGGAUACGAUGAGCCUAACUGGUCGCUUCUCCAGACCGGUCAGGAAGUUCGAGAUGAGGCCGCUGACACUCUAUUCGCCAACAAUACAAUCAUCGUGAGUACGGACUACUACGACGACAGGAUUCUGAACUCAUGGAAUGCCAUUGCUGGCGGCGUGCCGGAUCACCAACUGGACCGCUUGCUGCUUGCCCACCUAAGACGCAUCAGCAUCACCUUCGACUUUCGCGACAAACGGUUCGGGGACAUAUAUUUCCUCAAUGCACUGCGACCCAGUGUACCCGCCAGCAGAAGAAGGAAACGUUACCCUACUGACGAGAGCAAGAUCUCUGCGUCCCACGAAGCUGGUCUUGGCGUGUAUUCCUGCCACUGGUCUAGUCUCCUCAACCUCAUGACGGAGUACUCCCCUAAGUUGAGGUGGCUGCAGAUCGAUCUCACAUACUGCAACUGCGAGCAAGGCUGCCAUCGUCUAGUGGAUAGAUGUGUUGGACCGGCUAUAGACUAUGCCUCAUUCGGGUCGCCAAACCUCGAGACGAUCGAGGUUCUUGGCACUCAACACCGUUCGGAGCGAGACCUGAUCACCUCGAGACUUGCGAGGAGACUGUACGAGCACAACUUUUUCGAUCGGCAGGAUGGAGAUUUCGAAGGCGCUCACAGAGCGAUGAAGCUGCGAUACAAGCGGUUUGAUUACGAGCAGCACCGGAGCUCUACCAUCCACGGCUACACGGUCGACACUGUGGACGACAUGGCAGAUGAGGAGGUGGAUCUCGAGACUGAGGUUGAAAAGUGUCGGGAGAUGGUGUGGCAGGAAUCCGUAAAUUGGGCUGUCCUUCGAGUCAUUGAGCAUGACGAUCGGUGGAAGAAGCCAUGGUGGUAG